AUGUCUCUAUACCCGCCGAUAUCUCAGGCCAGCUCCAAAGCUGAGUCGAAGCGCCUCUACGAUGUCCCGUUCCUCGAAAGCAAUGGCGGAAACUUCCAGACGUGGAAGUACCGCACAACUACCAUCCUCCGGUUGCGUGGUCUCUAUUCGCUCAUCGACGGCACCGAAGUCGACCCCGGAACAGCGGAUACUAUGAAGAAGGCGGAGUGGGAUGUCCGGAACAAUGAGGCGCUUGCACAGAUCAUGUUGAUGCUCAAGGACGAGCCGCUCAACGGCGUGAUGUACUCGAUGACGGCACAGGAUGCUUGGGAGAAGUUGAACAGGCGUUACGAGGGCAGAGGCAAGCAAACCUUAGCCUAUCUCAUCAGCGACCUUUUCUGCAGCACACUUAGUGACGAGUCGCCGCUAGAGCCGCAGCUCAACACGAUGCAGCAGAAGGCCCACAUCCUCGAGACGCUCGGGCUAACGCUAGACGACACGCUCAUCGCCAUCGCUAUGGCUAUCUCCCUUCCUCCAUCCUAUUCAACCCUUCGCACUAUCCUCAUGGCCUCUGACUCGAAACUCACAGUCGAGAAGGUCAUCAACGAGGUCCUUAGCGAGGAGAAGCGACGUGGCGAGAUGACCGCAGCAUCUGCGCUCAUUGCGAAGCAUGCUGAUACCAAGUCGAAGGGGAAGGACAAGGACAAGAACAAGAAGGGCAAGUGCGCUUUCUGUGGCUACACUGGUCACACGAAGGACGAGUGUCAGAAGUUCAAGGCGAGCCAGGUGGAGGGCGCCACAGCGAAGGGCGACAAGAAAGCUGAGAAGGCUGCUGAUGCAAAGGAAUCUGCGAAGAUCGCCAGUGUCGGUGAGGCUGACUCCGAGACGCUCCGCCUCUUCGUUGCUGAGGAGUUGGCACGUGGUGAUGACCUCCACCGCUAG